AUGCCGCUGGACUCGCAGGACACGCUCUACAUUGUGCUGGAGCUGGUCAUCGCCGGGCUCUCCAUCGCUGGGAACGUGUUGGUGUGCUGCGCGGUGGCCACCAACAGCACCCUGAAGACAGCCACCAACUACUUCCUGGUGUCCCUCGCCGUGGCCGACAUCGCCGUGGGGCUGCUGGCCAUCCCUUUCGCCAUCACCAUCAGCGUGGGCUUCUGCACCGACUUCCACAGCUGCCUCUUCCUCGCCUGCUUCGUCCUGGUGCUCACCCAGAGCUCCAUCUUCAGUAUGCUGGCCGUGGCCAUCGACCGGUACCUGGCCAUCAAGAUCCCUCUCAGGUGAGGCAGUCAGGCUGGGGCUGGGACCCUCCUCCCCCGCUCCCCAUCGCCCAGGGAAGGUCACUUAGAGCUGGCAUCACCUGCCUCCCCGGCCGGGCGAGGCAUGGCCGCGGGAAUCAUCCAUCCUCUUGGGACACCCUUUAGAGAGGCAACAGUGGGGUAGUCCUGCUUGCCCGGACUCCCAAGGGCCAGUGGGCUUCUGGCGGGAGCCUUGAUUUGUGGAAGAUGGCAUAAGACAGGGUCCUUAAGCCGAGAUGGAGAGAUUUCCGGGGUUCAGGAACUUGGAAAGAAAAAAAAAAC